GAUGGAUCGAUACAUCCAUCUUUGUACCAUUCUAUUAGGGGGGGGGAUAGAGAGAGCUGACUGCUGCAUACCACUAUUCUACCUAUGUACGACUAAUCGCCGCAUCUGCUUCUUCGAUCCAAACCAAACCUCCAACCCGACUCGACUCAAUUCCUCCCCCACAAAACAAAAGCAACAGCCUUUCCGAACCCCGAGAAACCCGUGAACCCCACGCUCGCAUGGUCGCAGAAGCAUCUCCAAUGCCGGACUCUGUUCCCGUUCCCGGUCGAACCCCGGAGGAGGAGAGAGAAAGAGAAAGAGAAAGCGGAUACACUUCAUCGAACGACGACGAUCACUUCUCCGACGCCCCCGAAGGUCCGCCCGCCACCACCACCGCCGCCGUUGAAAAAUCCACAUCUACACUCAUACCCACGCCGAAGGUCGACGAACAGAUGGACAGCGAUAUCGCGAUUCCGGGCGCUUUUGGAUCGGACGGCACCGACGAUGAACUCGACGGUGCAGCGGUGACAGCUGUUGGCACGCCGAAACCGGUGGCCUCGAGGCCGACGACACCGAUGCGCAGUGACGAUAUAGAGGUGAAGUGGAACGAGAAGACGGAUGUCAUCUCGCCAAAAGUGAGGGGUGAGCGGAAGCGGAUUGAGAAGUUGGUGCAGGAGCAGAGAGAGCGGAGUAGGAGUCCUUCGAGCAGCCCUGCGUCGGUUCGGGUUAGGAAGACGAGCUCGCUAUUUUCUGCGCAAGGAGAGUCGGAACAGCAGCUAGAACCAGUUGUGCCGGAUGAAGACGAUAGGAAGGAUGAUGAGCCAAUGGAAGCGGCGCCGGAUGUCGGUGCUGAAGUAGCUACGGCGGAGGUGACGACACCAACAUGCCCCGAACGGCGCUCUCCUUCGCCCGUUGACGUCGAGGAAUCAAAGGAGCUGCCUACUGCCAUAGCUGUAACGGAAGAAGACGGCGACGAUGCGACGCCUGUGGCGGAGAAGCUAGAGCCUGUCGUUGUUACUGAGGAUACCAUCGAACAGAAGGCGGAGGUUGCCGAGGAAAGGCCGGAGGAUGAGGAGAAGGAGGAUGUCACUGAAGAGGGGGAGGGAGAUGUCCCUGAAGAGAAGAGGGAGGUAGUGGAUGUCACCGAAGAGGAGAAAGGGGAUGUUCUUGAAGAGAAAGGGGAUGUUCUUGAAGAGAAAGAGGACGAUGGAUUCGGCGGUGACGAUUUCGACGACUUUGGCGAGGCUGUGGAAGCUGAUGGCGGUGAUUUCAAUGACUUUGAUGACUUCGAAGGCUUUCAGGAUGGGGAUGCCGACGGUACUUUUGAUGAACCAGAGUCCGUACCGGAAGCUGCGCCGACACCACCGCCGCCACCACCACCACAGCCAAUCGUUCCACAACUUCCCGUACCACUGCCAGACUUUGGAGAUGAGGAAGGUGUCAGAUUUGCUCUGGCGGAUGCGGUCGAGAAGAUGUUCCCGAAAGAGGGAACCGAACAGAGAAAACCAACUUCCGUAGAGGGACGAUCAUUCCUCACCGACAGAAGCCAAUCGCUGUGGAACCAGCUGGUCGCGCCGCCGCCGCUUCAACCGCCCAACUGGAAAAUAUCGCGCAUCCGUCGCCUUUUCCUGGUGUCUCUCGGAAUACCCAUGGAUCUGGACGAAGUUCUCCCUCCCGAGACGAAGCAAAAGAAGCUAGUUCUCCCUUCGGUUCAUCUCUCGCGUCAUCCGGAAUCGCGCCCAUCGUCCCGAAAUUCACGUCGUUCCGGAUCCUUGUCGAGGAAGAAGAAGGGUGCCGAAGACAAGAACCAGAUCAAUCCGGAGUCUCUAGAUAUCCCGAGCGCACGUAUAUUGUGCUCGACUAGCACCAUUGCCCUGCAAAACUUUACGGUCGCAGAACUUCUUGAUCAUAUUCAGAAAUUGGAGGAGACGACAGCCACCGCGAGUGAAGUGCUCACGUACUGGCUCGGCAAGAGGGACAGUGCCAUGAGUGAUAAAGAGACGUUCGAGACGGUUAUUGAGAGCUUGGUUGGAUACGCCAGGAAGAAGCGUCAGAACGGAUAGACCGCGGCAUGUCUUUAUUAAACUGGUUUGGAUUGGCUUGGAUUGGGCGGGCCGGGAGGGGAUGGGUGUUCGGGAGUUUGGAUUCCAUUAAAUUCUGUGUUGAUGAUCGUGCUGGUGCCGCGGGUUGCGGUGGGCCUGUAAUACUUGUAGGCUAGGAUGCUGUGGGAGAAGUUAUGUAGAACAUACCGUUCUUUUUUCUUUCUUCAACGUGCAAUAAAUCCUGUACAUUGACG